GAGGAGGACCACGGGUAUUUCCAGUAUGCAGCAAUAGGUUGUAGGCUACCACAGGACAAUAAGUUGUCUACAUUUCAUAAUGUAGACAAACUUUACAUGCAUGUUCAAAGAGAAUGGAUAACGCUACCUUUUUGUACGACGUUCCCCCGGCUCUUAUGGAAACAUUUUGUAAGAUUAUCGACAGUGGAGAUGACAGUCUUGGAUGGCGUGGUUUAGCUGCGCAUAUUGUACCAAGUUGGCUAGAUGUUCGUCGCGCAGAAAGGAUAGAGGCUACGGGAAAGAGCCCUACGCGUGAACUUAUCUGGGCUUGGGCUCAACAGAAUACCACAGUGGCGGAUCUUCAGCGUGUGCUGUUGGAAAUGGGACACCUAAGAGCUCUGCAGCUUUUUCAGCUUGACUCAAAGUACUCAUCUUACAGUGAUGGACCAAACACAACAGACCCACAAUUACCAUCUGAGAUGCCUAUGCCACUAUCAACCAAACUUGGUACUCAUGUCUCAAAUGGAGCUACAGAACGUAGGCAUGUGAUCACUUACUCAGAUGUGGUAGAGGGGACCAGACACUUUCACCACGACAUGAAGAUAGCAGAGGGCAACUUUUCAGAAAUAUACAGAGCCGUAAAGGGAAAUGAAACCUUUGCAGUCAAGCUCUUUAAACAGACACAGAAGGCAUCAUGGAGGGAGCUGUGGGACUCGUUCAGAAAAGAGAUGGAGGUCCACCACCUCUACCAGCAUCCCAACAUCUUAGAGUUGUUGGCUUGCUUCUCUGAAGGGGACAAGUACUGUCUGGUCUACCCCUACCUCCCAAACAGAUCACUGUCUAUGAGACUACAUGAUCUGAGCAUUGAGCCUCCUCUGUUUUGGCCGGAACGUCUGGACAUCAUCAAAGGCACGGCGAAGGCUGUGAACUAUCUGCACACAGCACAGCCUUGCACUGUCAUCUGUGGGAAUAUCACGAGCGCAAACAUCCUGCUGGAUGAAGGUCUGCGACCCAAGCUGUCCGAUUUUACAACUGCUCGCCUCCGACCAAACACUGUCAAUCAGGGCUGCACCAUCACCAUGAAGAUGAGUUCCCACAGCAACUUAGGAUACCUGCCUGAGGAGUACAUACGUGACGGCAAGCUGUCCGUCAGUCUGGACGUUUACAGCUUUGGAAUAGUCGUCAUGGAAACAAUUACAGGACUCAAGGCCAUACAGGGCUCUCCUAAACAGACCCUGCUGAGAGAUGUCCUGAGUGGGGAGAUGGAGGACAGUGGGAGUGUGGAUUCGUGUCUGCAGUACCUGGACCAGAGGGCUGCCCCCUGGCCCCACGCAGUCUCCCUCUGUCUGAUGCGCCUAGCCCUGGAGUGCACCUGCAGCCGACCCCGCAGCAGACCCAACAUGACGGCGGUUUUAGAGGUGUUGAGCCAGCUGCUUCCCCUCCCAUGCCCCCCUGAAGACCAGCCACACACCCUAGACGGGAGUGCGCCUGGGCCGCCGGAUCAUGACUCUUGUCCCAGUGUGCCCGUGGAAGAUGACGAGCAGCACAGCUACACUGCAGCCAUCCCACAGCCUGAUCCGGACCCCAGUCCCAAGUCCCGGCCUUGUGAGUGCAGCCAAUCAGAGGUGACCUAUAUCAACAGCGGCGAGCAAUCUGGCAGUAUCUCUUCAAGCCAUCAGUCACAAGAGGAAGAAGUGAUUCCUCCGAUACAGAGCCUGCAGAGAGGGCCAGAGCCAGUGGACCUGUACGGUAGCUGGCCCGUGCAGUGCUGCUGCUCCUCUGAGGUAGACGGGUUGAGCUGCGAAGACUGCAGGGCCAACGGGUUCACUUCCUGUCACUGAGACAUACUUCACGGCAAGAAUUAAAUAUUGAUUUGAAACCCCCUGGUUUUGUUUUUGAACGUAUGAUAAAAAAUAAAAAAUGUUUUAGCGCCAAUGAUAGCAAAUGUCACAAUGUCAAGAGUGUGGCACAUUUGAUGAAUUCUGAAGGGCGUUUUAACUUUUAUUUUUCUUCACUAAACAAAUACAAAGUUGUUAUAUCAUGUAACCACGAUUAUCAGUUUGGAGUGCCUCUGUUUUAAGUGGCACGAGCUACUCAGAGAGUUGUAGAACAUUUUCAUCACAGAGGAACUGAGGACCAGGAUUUACGUGCACAACAGAGGCCGGCUCUAAACCAAGAAAUUCCCCUCUGUCACCAUGGUGAUUCAUGAGCAAAACAGGAAGCAUGAUCUCAUUUUUGAAUUUGUAUUUUAUUGCGACCACUGAAUGUCACAUAGUAACUAAGGGUGGGUGUUACAGCAAAUAAAAUUGCAGACAGCUUUGAAAUGGGUACAAAGAAGAAUAGAGAUCUGGAUUUUAGGAAUCAAUCCCGUUGACCCAAUGAACUGAUACUCAAAAACAGACUUAGUGUUGGUAUUAUCAAAAAUACCAAUCUGCCCACCCAUGGUAGAAAUCACAGGUGACUUUGAAAUUAAGCUGCAUUAACAUGCAAAUGUUUGUUCUUUAUUUGUUACUUAAUCACUUUUUUAUGAUGUUUAUGAUUGUGAUUUAGAGUGUUGUGUUUUUUUAGAUUGUAGCAUGAACAAAGCUGAAAUGUAUAACAUUUAUGUGAUAGGCCCUAUUUAUAUUUAGAUAAAUCGGUCCCUGUGAAAAAAUGUAAGUCUGUUUCUGUCUGAAUAAUAUAUACUGUAUUAAAUCAACCUUUUCAUAUUA